AUAAGAUCCUAACCUACGUGCUGACCGUUGUAGUGGGUUUGCGGUUUGUACUGUAGCCUCAAACAAACAUAGUUUAAUUAGUUUGAUGCAUGGAGAAAUUGUAAAAUAACAUCUCAACAAUCGCUUAAUCCACCGGAAAAUAAAUGCAAAAUAACAAUGGCAUCGAAUAAUUUAAAUACACACCCAGACUAUGAUCCUAAUAUUAAAAUAAAGUCUGAGCCUAAUAUAGAAUCAGCAACACCUGCAAUAAAUCCAGUGAUAUCGAAUUUAAUCACAAAUAUUAAAACAGAGUCUGGGCUAUCCACAUCUAGUUCAACACUUAGAUUACCAUCUUUCAGACCUCCAAGAGAUUAUACAUUAGGUGGUACUAAUGUAUUUACAACUAUCAAAUCUGAAAAACCAAGAAAAGUGUUUACCCCAAAUUUGAAUGUUCAGAGAAAUAAAAAUAGAGAAGAUGUAAAUGCUUCUAAGAAAAACGAAUCUGGAAAAAGUGAAAAAGGAUUAGAUCGUGAUAAAAGAAAAAAUGAUAAAAGUAAAGGUAAAGGUAAAGGACGAGGAAAAGUAACAAGUAAUUUAGUACAGUCUUCGGGAAUAUUUUUUGAAGGUCUUGCUGAUAUACCCAGUAGAAAACAUAUUGGUAGUGGGAUUUACAGGGACAGAGAUGGUUCUGGUAGCAGUAGAGAAACUGGAGCCAUUCUUGAGAGGCCAAAAUUAUCAAUACCUGAGAAAAUUAAUAAACUAGAAGAAGAAGAAAAGUUGAGAGAUCUAAGAAGGGAUGACUUUAUUAACAAUGAUGUGGACAUAGAUAUGGAAAAUACACCAAUAUCACUACCUAUGAUACAUGAGAGCAACUUGUUUAAGACAGAUUCCAGUCAAAAACUUGAUUUUACCAAAGAAAUACCUGUAUAUUUACAAAAUGGAAAUGCAGCCAGUCACGCUAAAAUGAAGCCUUCAAUAUCGGAUACAAAAAUUAAAAAAACAAAAUUACCAUUAACAGUGUCUCAAGUUAUGGAGAAUAAAUCAAAUAAUUUUAUUUUGAUCCAGUUACCUGAUUGCCUACCAGGAUUACAAUCAGAGGAUGAUCCAAGGUCUAAACGAGUAGCUGAACCUGGUCCAGAAAAUGAGGCUAAUAUAUCAAAUCAAUUUUGUACUUUAAAUAGUUUAAAAGAAGGGAUGUUAGGAAAAUUACAAAUUUUAAGAUCUGGAAAAGCAAGAUUGAUGUUAGGUAAUAAUAAUCUUAUUGUUGAUGUUGGUUCAAAUAUCAGCUUUCGGCAGGAUUUAAUUGUAGCUGAUGUAAGUGACGACAAACAAAGCGGAGAUUUAGUCCAUCUUGGAGCAGUUAGUAGUACUUUGAUUUGUUCUCCAGAUUGGGAAAACAUGUUAAAGGCGUUAUAGCUAUAAAUACUAUGCCACACUGUACAGAAAUAAAAAUAUGUUUUAAUUUUUUUUAAUUACUCUUCUUAUUUUUUAACUUUAACAUAAUCCUGAAGUUUUACGAUAGGUGUAAAAAUGAUUAAAAACUUAUUAUUGCUCUAUUUAGAAUAUGAAAAAAAAUACAAGCAAUAUGGCAAUAAAACGCCGUUUUUUAUAUUAAUUAAUUUACUUUUUUUAUUUUGAUUGCCAUCAAAAAUUAAAAAUUGAAAGGAACAACUUUAAGAUGUUUACAAAUUUAAGCAAAAAUAUGGAGCAAAUGCUUUCACAUUGAAGAAAUAACUAAAUUAGGGAAAAAAAUUGCUAAAUUUGAUGCUGUAUGAUAACGAGUAAGGAACAUGGGGAUUUCAUCAACUGACUACAGUAGAAAUGCAUCCUACAUCUGUUUUAUUUUUUAUGUAAAAGCAUUUUCUCAUUGAUGUUCUCAAGUAAUUACAAAAAAAUGUCUUAUGUUUGCACAUAAGUCACACAUACUAUAACACAAAA